UGUUUAAACGGUAUUUAAAUUUUGAUUCUAAUAUUUAAUUUCACCACUAAUUGAGACAUCAAAGGGAUACUUUGCAUGAAACACAAAUUAAAUUUAAGAAUUUUUGGCAGUUAAUAUCUUUGAAAUAAAACAUUUAAAAAAACAAAAUUAGAAACUGAAUAACUGAGUUCAUUUGUGCAUACUGACAACAAAGUGUACGCGGUAUUUGUAGUGGAAAUAUAUUCACAUUCAUUUAUCUGCUUGAAAACAGUACCCGUGUAGAAAUAUAUAAAUUCAAGGACUAUGUGUGGUUCUGGGAAAGUAAGAAGUGUCAAUAUCAUUCAGGAAGGAUAUGGCACAUAUGAUAUACAGAAUAAAAGUUGUUGCUGCUUUGUUAACGCUGCAUAUAAUCGCAUUUGGAAUUAUAGUUCAACGUAAUUCAAUGGUUUUGGACAGGCCAAGGAGUAGAUUUGACGCAACAGUUUCAAGAUACCAGUUUCAACCAUCGCAAAAACUACCUACACCCUUACUUACGUCAUCAAGAACGCGUUGGAUUAUUAUGUCUUUAGCUGUGUCCACAAUGAUGUCGAGGGGAUAUGAAUUCUGUCUACCUAUAGUCGUAGCUGCUUGGAAACAGAUAGGAUGGCACUCACUGAUAUUUGUUGUUGAAAGUUCAAAUGUAUGGAAUACAUCGACAGUACUGAAACUUGUAAGAGACCAAACCUUAGAUAUAGACCCUACCGCCCGAUUUGUCAGGAUACCAGUGAGUCAUAACCCUGUGUCUUUUGCUCAGGUAUCUCGGUUGUUUGCUAUUUUGUUCGCACCAUGGAUAAGACCUAAUGACUUAGUUAUGACAACAGAUAUUGAUUUAAUUCCAAUAAAAAAGAACAUUUUCGACGAAGUUGAGAAGUCAGAUAUAUCACUGCUAAAUACAAAUUGCUGUGGGUCGUUUAUAUGGAAUAAUACAGAAAUAAGUAUGCAGCCAAUGUCAUAUGUGGCUAUGAGUGCAAAAAACUGGUUAAAAGUAAUGGAUAUUCGACGGCCAUUUGAAAAAAAUGAAACGCAUGCUCAUUAUAUAAACUCUUGGUUAACUCAGAAUUAUGGAAAGGUUAUACCUUCUAAAGAUGUUGUUAAAGGUGGAAAUGCAGUAUGGUUUUUGGAUCAAAGGGUUGUUUCGAUCCAGCUCUACAAGACAAGUUUAAAAACAUACAAGCGACCUCAAAGAACUUCAUUAGAAAGAGCUGACCGGGCUAGAGACAAUUCUUGGACUAAUUUUAAACGCUUUAUGGACGCACAUAUGUAUUAUGAUUCAUUUAAAGGCGCUCAGUGGAACAGAACAUUUCGUCUCAUCACUUAUAUUUUUUCGGUUGAUGUCUCAGAAAAAUUAAAAUUCUACAGAGAACAAUUUGUAAAAUACACUAAGUACUCGACAUAACUGUGAUCAGCAUGUCAUGUUCAGCUUACAUUAUGUAAAUCAAUCAAAGAACAACAAAAAGACGCAUAAAGAAUAAAAAAAAUAUUUUCCUUAGAAUGCGACAGCAGUAUUUUGAUCAAAAACGUUUAACACUAAAUUGUUUCAGUGUGUUCCUUACAUACCAACAUACAACUUAAUCUAGCCUUUCCAUUUCAUCGUCUCCAUUUUCGAUUACAGAAGUUAAAUUAUAUAUACAUUUGUAAUGCUUAGAACUUAAUAAUGUACUGUUUUAUCUUAUAUGUUAUAAAAUCGGAAUUGAUACGUAAUUAAUUCUCAAAUCGACUGAGGUAGGAAAAAAUAAAACGCAUUUAGCUCAUAUACGUUUCCUUCAACUAACAAACGAUCAUAUUCACUAGUUUUGUAUACAUCAGCACAUAUAAACAUUUAUAUUAAGAGAAUGCAUCUAAAUUCGACCAGCCGUUUAACUAAGUUCAAGCAAAUCAAUAUCUAGUAGGUGCAAAAGUAAAGUGAUUUACAAUUAAUAUAAAAACAAAGGAUUAAUUAAAGGUAACUCCUUU